AUGGCUUUAGAUAUUUGUUAUGCUUGUCCUAAUGCACUUCAAAGACGAGUAUGCCAAUACUUUUCCGAUAUUUUACUUUCAGUUAGUAAUACUAGCGAGGAAUCCGUUGAAGGUUUAGAGGAUGUUAAAAAGGCGCAUAAUUUAAUUCGUAAAAUCAAUGCAACCUCUCCUGAUUUAUUGCUUAAUGUUUUGCCUCUUUUACAAGAAGAAAUGAAAUUCGAUCAUUUAAACAUUCGUCAAUUGGCAACUGAAACUACAGGUGAAAUGUUUGCAGAACAGUCUUCAAGUAUUGCCGAAAAAUAUCCGGCUAUUUGGAAGACAUGGCUUGGAAGACGCAAUGAUAAAUCUUCCGCUUUACGUAUCAAGUGGUUAGAAAUGUGCGUUAAUAUUUAUAAAAACCAUCCCGAGUCCAUCCCUGAAUUAACAGACUGUUUUAAGGAUAAAUUGGCUGAUCCUGAUGACAAAGUUCGUGCAACAACUUGCAAAAUUCUUGGAGAAAUUAUAAAGGAAAGAGAUAUUAAAAGUUUUGAGAAAUCUUUCUUGGAAUUAAUUGCAGAGAGAGCUAAAGAUAAAAAGAGUUCUGUGAGAGCUGAAGCCAUGAACACAAUUGGCUUAAUCUAUGAUGGAUCCUAUGAUCGUAUUCAAGCUAAUGAUAAAGCAAUUAUGACUAAGAUUGGAUGGAUUCCUGAUUAUCUCUUUAGUUUCCUCUAUCUUGAAAAUGAAAAUGAUGUUGACAGAACAGAAAGACUUGUUACAAUUUAUGAUUCUUUGCAGUCUAAGCAAAGACUUGCUUUUACUGCUUUAAUUAGACGACAAAAACUAUUCAAUGAAAAUAUGCAUGAUUAUCAUGAAGCUGCAACAUCUGAUGAAUUUAUGAAAUAUAUGACCAUGCGAUUUGCUGAUAAAGCUAGAACUUUAAAUGCACUUCGUUCAUUCCUUAAUAGAGAAAAUGAAAAAGAUCUCAAGAUUUUAAAGACUUCAAUUGAUCUUAAUUGUAAUUAUAAACAAGUUCUUGAUGCAAAGAAAAAAUUGUUAGACAACUUAAAUGAGGAUCAAACAGCUAUUGUUGAUAUCUUUGAGGCUCUAUUAAAUCGAGCAUGUCCACUUAUUUUAAAUAAGAGUAAUGUUCCACAUUUAUUAAAAUUAGCUAAAUCAGCUAGAGGAAGAAGACAUACAGCAUCAAGUCAAAGAGCUGUUGUAGCCCAAAGUAUUUUAAAGGAAAUGUCAAUUACUUAUCCAUCCAUGUAUACUAGUAAUAUAAACGAUAUCAUGAAUGAAAUUAUGCGUGAUAAUGAUAAUACAGCCGAUGAGAGCCUUGAAAUUCUAUCAGAAAUUAGUAAAUCAAAUAAAGAUGAAAUGACAUAUGCAGAUAAUGUAAUUGAACGUUUGACAAAUUAUAUCACCAAUGGAAAUGAACAUCAAGCUAAGCAUGCUUCAAUUGCACUUGCAAAUAUGAAAGGUUCGAAGUUGAUUCUUGCUAAUCUAGCAUCUACUUUGAGCGAUGAAUUAAUCUUAGGAGCGCCUAAUUUACUUACCAAUCUUAUUACUCUUUCUCAGUUUGCAUUAUAUGCAUGUGAUCUUCUUCAUUCUUCAAUAGACUCUAUUAUCCGAUUUAUUGAAAAAGAUCUUUUGAAUGCUAAAACAAAAGAAUUUUUUAGCGGUAACCCUGAAUGGUGUUCUUAUGAUGAGUUGCCAAAAUUAUCACAACAAAAACUUGUUGGCAUUAGUUUAUUAGUUAAUUAUUUAACAGCUUGUAAAGAUGAUGUGGAACCUGAAGAGCAUAUAGUGGAUAGAAUAUUUUCAAUCCUUUGGUCAUUAUUAGACAAGACAUGUGAUAGUGCAAUUGCAGAUAAAACAAAUGCUGCGGAAGUUUCACAGCUUAGAUUGGGUGGAUCACAAGCUAUUGUUAAGCUUACUCAAUAUGCUAAAUAUUUGAAUGAAUUGAGUGUACCUAAAUUUGAGAAAUUAAGCUACACUUUACAAGAUACCUGUUUCUACGUUCGUCAAGAAUUUGCGGAAACUUUGAUGAAGGGCCUUCAAACUGAAGAAAUUCACUCUCGUUAUUAUUCACUACUCUUCAUUUGUGCUCAUGAACCUGAAGCGUCUUUAUUGAAACAAGUUAAGAGUUUUAUUCAAAAGCGUCUCUCUUCUAUGGUUAUUAGAUCAGGUGAAUCCUCUGUUUUGGAUUCUUCACUUGUACGUUUGAUUCAUCUUUUAGCUCAUCAUCCUGAUUUUACUGAGGCUGUGGAAGAUUUGAUUGUGUUUGCUCAAUAUCUGAAGUUUUAUCUUAGUUGUGUUGCAACAGCUGAUAAUGUAUCAUUUUUGUAUCAUAUUGUUCAAAAAAUUAAAUUAUCAAAGGAUAUGGUAGCAGAGGAGUUAAGCAAGAAUUCCUAUGUAUUAAGUGAUUUAGCAGCACUAUUAAUUAAAACUAAAUGUAAAGAAGUUUCAUGGCCUUUAAAUGCUUAUGAAGGCUAUGUUUCACUUCAAUCUAAAUUAUAUCGUACUUUACCACCUGGAGCUGUUCAAGCAGAGACCAUUAAGAAGAAUUAUCUACCAAAAGAAUUCUUAGAACUAUAUGAGGAAGAGCAAAAGCAUAAGCCAGGAGAAAAGGUAUUUAAUAGAUGUUAA